CUGUUGCAGGUCAACUAAAAACAAGCUCCGUCAUUUCCCUCCUAGAAUUGGGCGCUCAUCCUGCCAUUCUCCCGGCAAUCCAAUCCCACCACUGUCUUCUUUGCUGCCCACCGUCUGAAAAAGGAGACGGUUCAUUGAGCGGGGAGUCAUCCUGCGGCUAGCCGUCAGCAGUUCGCCCAUGUGGUCCUGUAGGUAGGUGGUUGGUCGAAAUGUCAAUGACAGAUACGCGCAGUAAGACCCUUGCAAGUAUGCACUUACCAGCCUUCCAGUUAUCUCGGUUAGAACCCUGCACAUUUCCCUAUCCAUCCAUCCCCAAGGCAUUCCGUCAUCACUCACCCAGAUUCACCCAAGUCAUCAUCUAUAUUCUCCGCCGGACGACGACACAGAGGACAGAGAGGAAAAAGAUGAAGGAGACAAAGACGGAGACGGAGAAGCAAAAGCAGAAGCAGAAGCAGAAGACUGCUGCACCGCAGCGGAAGGUGACGACGACUUUCCAGCAGUACUUGUGCACCAUUUUUCCCUCGCUCUCUCUCUUUCCCUCGAUCUCUUCCCUUUGUUUUUUCUUUUUCCUUUUUUUUUCUUUUUCUUUCCCCCUGGCUUUGAAAUUUCUGGCCUUCCUCUCCUUUUUUGCCCUGCCUCUUCCCUGGAAACCCAGAUGAGCGAGGUGCAAGUGGGAAUCCUCUUCCUCUCAAGGGCAGAGUAUCUGACUAGGGAGCCGUCCGUAAGAGAGAGGAAGAGGCGGUGUGGCAGUGUAGAAGUGAGGAAGUGAGGAAGGUGUUGUUUGGUGUAAGAGGGUAGGGAGAGGAUCUGUAAUCUGCUCCUACGAAGUCGGUGUGAAGAUCAAGCGAGGACGAGCAGUGGGAGGAAGAAGUGAAACUAGGGAA